AUGAAAGCAUUCAUGCUCUUCGUGGAUUUCGCAGAUCAACCUGCCGGUAAUGACACCACACAAGGCCUGUACGACUUCUUCUUUCCAAACGCCAGCACCUGGUACGAGACCUCGUCGUAUGGCAAGCUCUCGAUCGAUGCCGAAGCAGACAUAUCUCAAUUCCACCGUAUGCCCUUGAACGCGAGCGACUACGCGUGGAACCGCGGUAUCACCUACGAACAACACGAAGCAUAUAUCCAAGAUGCGCUCGCCUCCUACGUGAAUACAAUUGGCGAAGCUCCUCCACCGGUCGACGUUUUGUACGUCGUCGCAACUCGCAAUGCACCCAACAUUACCUAUUCUCCAACUUUCAUGGGGAAUGUGACGACGCGCAACGGUACUUUUGUGGCGAAGAAAGCAGUCACGGUCGGCUACGAUGCAUACGCAAAAUGGGGUUUCAAGCUCAUCAAUCAUGAGACGGGGCAUGUGAUGUGUCUUCCGGACUAUUACCCCGCAUCUGGCGCGGUGGGAUUGUAUGUGGGCGACUUUAGCAUUAUGGGAAACAUCAACGCUGUCUAUCCUGACUACUUCGCGUGGGAUAAAUGGAGACUAGGAUGGUUGGACGACUCCCAGGUCGAAUGCGUUCAAUAUGAAAAUGGAACUACGUCCACGCAUACGAUAUUCCCGCUUGAGAGCAAGGAUGAAGAGGCGAAGUUAGUGGUUUUGAAAAGAAACGAGACACAAGCGAUGGUACUGGAGGUCCGGUCGAAAGGCGGUAACGAUGAUAAGGGAGGAGAGCCUGGCGUCGUGGUCUACACAGUCGACACGACGGUAGAGACACUGCAAGGGCCAAUCCGGGUAUUGUCUAAUGGGACACUAACAAGCGAGUUGGAAGUUCCAAGUUGGGGCGUAAAGAUCUCAGUCGUGGGCAAAGAUGAUGAUGCGUACACAGUGAAGAUCGCGACUGCAUCAGGAUCUGGAGCAGUGAACGCCGUGCACAGUGCUGUCGAAUCAGAGAACAUACCGCUCCUCAGCUCUUAA